UGAAAAAUCAAUCAAAUAAUGUUGUAUAAACCUGAAAUAGUUUUGUAUUUCAGAUAUCACACAUUUUGCAUAUGGAUUCUAAAUUAAAGUCCAAACUGCACUUAUUCACAAUGGACGCGCAGUGAGAGAGAGAACCCCAAAAGUGGAGAGCGCAACUGCUGUGCGAGCGAAGGAGACAGCGGGUUUAUCCCUUCGUAGUCCCCCCUUUGACACUGCACUUUCUGUACAGAGAGGGAGUAAAAAAGAGAGGGCCAACAACCGGCUGUCAGUUGGGGACUCGUGGGAGCAAGAGAGAGAGAGAGAGAGGGAAGCCUGGAAGCUAAACAACAAGAGCCAAACACUCACGCCAAGAUAAUGGCUUGUUUCAUUUGAUAUUCGCCAGCCGGCAGCAGCGGAACAAGAAAAAAAGAAUAGAAUAAAUAGCUGCGGACACCAAAUUAGAAUACUAGCGGCGACAAGUUAUCGCACAAUUAGUACGCGGGCGAGAAUUGAUACGGACAUACGUCGGACACCCAAAAUUUUCCCAAAAGCUAAAGUGCCGUCUCGCAGAAUAUAGAGGAGUAGAGCUGAAGUAUGUAUACGAAAAUUUUUCGCACUGUGAUAAUCGGAGCACCCGGCUCGGGGAAGGGAACGAUUUCGGAGCUGAUUGUCAAGACCUAUGGCUGCCUGCACAUCUCCACGGGCGACAUCUUGCGCCAGAACAUCGUGAAGAACACGGAACUGGGCAGAAAAGCGAAGCAGUUCAUCGCCGACGGUCAACUGGUGCCGGAUGAGAUCGUAACCAAGACGAUGCUGGCGCGGAUAACCGAGGUGGGGAACAAGUCGUACAUUCUGGACGGAUUCCCGCGCAAUAUUGCCCAGGCCGAGGCGCUGGCCGCCCGCGAACAGAUCGACGCCGUGAUAUCGUUAAACAUUCCACACAAUGUGAUCAUCGAUCGUGUCAAGAACCGCUGGAUUCACGCGCCCUCCGGCCGUGUGUACAACAUAGGGUUCCACGAUCCCAAGGUGCCUGGCCAAGACGAUGUCACUGGCGAACCGCUAACGCAGCGCGAGGACGACAAACCUGAUGUGGUGGCUAAACGGCUGCAGCUCUAUGAUGAGCUGAUGAGUCCAGUGAUAGCCUGGUACGAAAAGAAGGGCCUGGUUGCUAGCUUCAAGGGCCAAAAGACUAAGGAGAUCUGGCCACGGGUUGAGCUAUUCCUCAGAGACCGUAUCAACGUGUAAUGGGACCGCCCGGAAUCAUACCCAUUGUGCACAAACUAACGAUAAACUGCUGUGUUCAAUUAAGUGCAUAACAUAUUUAGAUGUUUCUAUAUAUAUGAGAGUACGUAUGUAAUAUGUAUGUUUGUGGGUCGGGUCGGAGGAGCAGGCUUAUAAUUAAUGUAAUUGCGAAGCCUUACGAUGUGGCAGCUGUCGUCAUGUAUUCCUUAUUUCCACACAAAACAUUCCCCUCAUUAAAAUGUCUUGUAGUUCCCCCUUUUUUGUAUAAACAUAUUUUUGUACUUGUAGUCUGUGCUCUGAUAAUAAAUCGCGUUUGUUAUAUUUGCGCUGAUAACGUAAAA